CAGUGCCAGGACAGUGCCAGGACAGGACAAGUACCUGGACAGGGGUGGCAGUGCCAGGACAGGGCAGUACCAGGGAGCUGGGUGGCAGUGCCUGGACAGGGUGACAGUACCGGGACAGGGUGACAGUGCCAGCACAGGUGACAGUCCCAGCACAGGUGACAGUACCGGGACAGGGCAGUGCCAGCACAGGUGACAGUGCCAGCACAGGGCAGUGACAGGGAGCUGGUGGCACAGGUGACAGUGCCAGGGCCAUGUCCCCGCGCCGGCUGUGGCUGCUGCUGGCGCUGUUGGUGGCACAGCGGGCGCGGCCGGGCGGCGCCGGGCAGUGCCAGGACGGGGAGCUCAGGGAGGUUUGGGGAGGGGGCACCAAGUGCUGCCCCCGCUGCAGCUGGGACAGAGAGGACCCCCAGCCCUGCGAGGCGGCGCAGGACCUCGAGUGCAAAUGUCCCCCGGGGCACGGCUGCUCCGACGAGUCCUGCGUGUCCUGUGCCGCGCUGCCACCGUGCCAGCCGGGAUGGGAGCCGGAGAGAAUCGGACUCAUGCGUUUCCAGUUCAAGUGCAAACCCUGCCAGAACGGGACCUACUCCAGCAGCAGGAGCAGCUGGUGCCGCAACUGGACCGACUGUGCCAGCAGCGGCUUCAUCACGCUCCGGGCAGGGAACAGCACCCACAACUCCGUGUGCAGCCUCCCCGUCAGAGCCCUGGAGCCAGCCUGGAUGCCCCUGGAAUUCCGCUCCAGCACCAUCCUGGCCAUCCUGACGGCCGUGGCCGUGUUCGUGCUCAUCCUGCUCACCUUCCUGCUGCACUUCUGCCUCUGGAGCCUCCGCAGGGAGAAAAAAUUCCCGGCAGAUUUGGGACACAGCUUCCCGCGGCCGCUGCCGCUCCAGGGGGAGGAAUCCCACAGCAUCCAAUUCCCGGAGGAGGAGCACGGCGACAAAACGGCCGAGGAGAAACUUUCCAUGCUCUCCCUCAAAGUCUACAGCGAGCUCCGAUAGCGGGAUCGCCCUCCGGGAUCACCGGGAACGCCAAAAAACCCCGGGAAUGGGAUGGGGCGCGGAGCGUCGCUUUUCCGUAGGAAAAGGAGAGGGUUCAGGGCGGGUUUGGCUUUGUUUGGCCCCCCAAACCCCUGGGAUUUAGGGAUAAAAUCCUGCUGAUCGGGCCGGUGUGGGCUCAGCAGCACACAGCAGGGAUUUCCCGGGAUAUUCCUGAUUUCCAGGAUCGGGAAUAGCGGCCACAGCUCCUGGAUUUCCCUCGGGUUUUUCCUUUUCCUUCCCCUUUUCCUUCCCCUUUUCCUUCCCCUUUUCCUUCCCCUUUUCCUUCCUUUUUCCCCUUUUCCCUUUUCCCUUUUCCCUUUUUCCUUUUCCCUUU